UUUAGAAGACAAGGGACAAGGGACAAGGGACAGGGGCAAAGAUACAUAAUACAUAUUUUAAUGCAGGCAGGCAUGUAUAUGCACAGUUUCACUUCAGACAUUUGCUGCAUAUUAUUAAUUAUAUUGUUUCUAUAAUCCAUACCAAAGUCACAAAAUGAUCAUGUAGACUGAAGGAAACAGACACUGUCUCUGCAGUGAUCUCCCAGCUGAUAUAAAAGAAGCCUUGUCUAAUGAGCUGCUUAUCUGAAUUCAUCGCAGUGAUAUCAUGCACAAAUUACAGCUGACAUUUAGAAAGGUUAGCCUUGUUUCUAAGCAGGAGGGAAGCGGAGGACUUUGUAAUGCUCAAAUGUGAAUCAUAUGUUUGUGGUUGAAAGAGGCAUUUUUAAUGGGCUAGUCUCCAGUUUGUUUUGACCUUGUUUUGAAGAGUGCUUGUGGUGAUGGCUUCUGAUUCAUUUAACCCUGCCGCUCCGCAUCCUGGGUGUUACUGUGGCAAUGCUGCGAGAGGUUUGCUGGAGCUCUUUGCAGUCUCUCAAGGUGUUGUAGGAAUACGAGGAGCUUUCAGCAGAAGAUUUCUAUCCAUGAAUAAAAGGGGAAGGCUCCAUGCCAUUGAAGAAUUCACAGAUGACUGUAAGUUCCGAGAGCGUUUUCAGGACAGCAGCUAUAACACAUACUCAUCUCUGAUGCACAGGAACCACAGGAGUGGGAGGGAGUGGUUUGUGGCUCUGAACAAGCGGGGCAAGGCCAAGAUGGGCUCCAGUCCCCGUGUGAAGUCCCAGCAUGCCUCCACACACUUUCUGCCCAGGUUCAACCUGCCGGAGAGGUCCCAGUGGGGUUUUACCAUCAUGGACAAGAGCAAAGAGAGCCAAAAUCCCCCACAGCCAGUGCCACCAAAAGCCACUCCACCAGCGGUCAAGCACACUCAACCAGUGAAGUACUGGCCCAAAUUUAGAUUUGGAUAAAUUCACUGUCAAGACUGAUUGAUUUCUCCUGAAGAUUAUGGAUGGAUAUGGAAACACUUGAUUACAGCUGCAUUUUGUCUUUAUGGAGCACAGGAAUCCAGAAAUUAAAUCAUUCCAUCUAGAAAUUUAACAUGGCAACACCAAAAGGGCUGUGAUGACAUAUUAAUUUUUUAAACAAUCAACCAAGCUUUAGGAGUUGCUGACUUCUGCAUCUGUUGCUUCCCAUCCUUGCUUCCAUGAAUAAAUAAAAUGAAACAUACUUUUAUCAACCAAAAUAAUCCAUGUGAACAUGGAUCUUAAUGUUCUAGUUCUGUUUUACCAGCAUAAUAUUUGCACUGUAUGUUAAUGAAAUGUCCCUUAUUGAUAAUACUAGGUCCUCAUCCUCUUGCUGUGUAGAGAUUUUGAUUUCAACUGUCAACAAAUUAAUAAAAAAAAUACCAGAAAUAGAAA